AGUUCCGCGUCCGAGAGCGCCACGUUCAGCGGAGAGAAAAGGAGGAGAAAGCAGCCGCGGCAAGAACUCGGGACUGGGCGUGGUGGUGGAGUGGGCGUGGCCUCUCUCCGUCUGUGCGGCGGCCAACCAAUGGGCGAGGGGCGCGCGUGCAUGCAUGCGUGCGUCUUCCCUCCCCCCCGGUGUGGCGUGACGGGCGCGUGCGCAGGGGCUCGGGGUCUCCUGCCGGGUCCGCCUAGGUGAGGGCUGGGCUAAGAUGGCGGCGCCCGUCCUCCUGCGAGUCUCCGUGCCGCGCUGGGAGCGGGUCGCCCGCUACGCCGUGUGCCUGGCCGGCAUCGCCCUCUCGCUCUACGCCUGGCACCUGGAGCGCGAGAAGGGCCGCGACCUCCACUACCGGGCUCUCUGCGACCUCAGCGAGCGCGUCCGCUGCUCCGCCGCCAUCGCCACCAGAUGGGGUCGAGGUUUUGGCCUGCUGGGUUCCAUUUUUGGAAAAGAGAGUGCAAUAAAUCAACCGAACAGUGUCUUCUGCCUUGCGUUCUAUGUACUACAAAUGUUACUUGGUAUGACUGCAAGUGCGGUAGCAGCGCUAGUCCUCAUGAUGUCCUCCAUAGUCUCUGUAAUAGGAUCCUUGUACCUGGCCUACAUUCUGUACUUUGUGCUGAAGGAAUUCUGCAUUAUUUGUGUUGUCACGUACUUGCUGAACUUCAUUCUCUUUAUCAUCAACUACAAACGACUAGUUUACUUGAACGAGGCCUGGAAGAGGCAGCUCCUGCCCAAGCAGGAUUAACUAACUCCCCCUGUGAACUUUUGACUGACAGUCUGAAGACCCGACUUCCAUUUGAGUUUAUUUUGCAGGAAAAUAAGGGUUUUU